CUGGUUCAACCUGUCCUUUGUAUUUUUCAGUUUUGGAUAAAUCUUGUGAUCCUCGCAUAAUAAAUUGAUUGUCCAGUGUAUUCUUGCAUUUGUGUUCUAUAUUAAGUUCCAAGAUGCCUAACAUAAAACUACAGUCUUCGGACAGCGAAAUCUUUACUGUUGAUGUAGAGAUUGCAAAAUGCUCAGUUACAAUCAAGACAAUGUUGGAAGAUUUAGGAAUGGAAGAUGAUGAAGAGGAGGUAGUUCCAUUGCCCAACGUGAAUUCUGCCAUUCUUAAGAAAGUGAUUCAAUGGGCUACGUAUCACAAAGAUGACCCUCCAUUGCCAGAAGACGACGAAAAUAAAGAAAAACGUACAGAUGAUAUCUCUUCAUGGGAUGCAGACUUUAAAAGUGAUCAGGGCACUCUAUUUGAACUAAUUUUAGCUGCCAACUAUUUAGACAUAAAAGGUUUACUGGACGUCACUUGCAAAACUGUAGCCAAUAUGAUUAAGGGUAAGACUCCAGAAGAAAUUCGCAAGACAUUCAAUAUUAAAAAUGACUUUACUGCAGCCGAAGAAGACCAAGUUCGUAAGGAGAAUGAAUGGUGCGAAGUAACUUGAAGCAUUAGUAUUAUUAUUUAACUGGUUAGAUCUAAUUGGUAUCUAAAAUAUGUUGUAAUUAUUGUAAGUUUAUCGCUAUUUAAUUUUUGUCUUGUGUUUAUGAAGGGUAUAAGUUAAUAUCUUAAUAAAAAGGGACUAAUAUUAAAAUUUAUUAAAUAACCCAUAUGCAUAACACAUAAUUACCUAAUUUUUAGAAAGUCUUGUGUCACCUACAGCAACAUGCUAUUUGUAUAAUAGAAUAAACUUCUUGCAAUCCUC